CACGUGUACGAUUUAUUGAAAUAUUGUGUUUUUCUGUACCAAAAAUAUGAGAAGAAUGCUAAUACCCAAAGAGAAUAUACAACAUUUACAACAAUACAAUUACUUGUAUUAAUUAAGUCUAAAAUACCUAAAUUGAAUAGCUUCUUAAAAUGGACAAUACACAAAAUCCUAAUGUCAACACAUUCCACUCAGGCUCCUUCUGAAGCUUUUGCUGACACCACCUGAUCUCCAUCAUCAUCAGGACUUCGGAGACAGACACGUAUCCUCCCCACGAGGUUCUCUCAGCAGCUGUGACCACGGAGAGAAGAUCCAUACAAUUUGUAUCAUAUAUAUUUGUAUAAUUGUAUAUAUCCGGGUCUUAGUCCACGUUGAGGCGGACCGUGACCUCGUGAGUCUGUCGGAGAGAGAACAGAAAGUCAUAAAGUCUACAACCGGAUCAGCCCGGAAGCCGCGUGACUUGUUGUCACAGCAACGGAUCGCAUCAGCAUCCGCCGCAUCAGCACCACCCGGCAGCUUCUGUCAAGGUCGCGGGAGGCAUCAUGGGAAGGAGAGGAGGACACCGGAGCGCGAGGGGGGGGGUCUCAAAAUCUCUCACGAUCCUUCGGAAGAUCCACUAACGCGCAUGCGCGUCCCGCUUUCGUCAGCUAAACCCACCAAGUAACCGAAUGGAGGUCCGCGGCCAUCAUAGGACACGGGAUGCGGUGACGACGCACUCCAGUCACGGACUUCUGCACGAAGAAGCGGGGGGGCGGGGCCACGUCACGGCAUCCUAGCAUUCCGGUUUGUCAUUGGUUGACAGGGGGUAAAAUAAUUAAAGAAAUACAAACAUUUACGUGCGGCUGUCCUCGUUCCUCUGCGUGAGAGACGGAUUCCCGGAGAGGUUGUCUUCGUCCCGACAGCUGAGAGCGCGCCGGCGGGCGGGUCCUGCAGAGCUUCUUCUCCUCCACCAGCUGCUGAUCUGCUCGCUGCAUCCUCGUCACUCGGAGCGGACGUUCCCGGCUGGACUUCAGAAGAUGGCAGGCAAGGAGAACCAGGUGACGGGUUACCUCCUCUUCUCUCUGGGCACCGCUGUCAUCGGCUCCCUGCAGUUUGGUUACAACACCGGAGUCAUCAACGCUCCGGAGCAGAAACUCCGAUCUUUCUUCAACGAAACCUGGGUGGAGCGCUAUGGCGUCCCCAUCACCCCGGGGGUCUGCACCAUCGUCUGGAGCAUCUCCGUCGCCAUCUUCAGCGUGGGCGGCAUGGUGGGCUCCUUCAGCGUGGGCGUCAUGGCCAACCGCUUUGGCCGCCGUCGCUCCAUGUUCCUGGUGAACUGCCUGGCGGUGAUCGGCGGCCUCCUCAUGGGCUUCUCCACCAUCUGCUCCUCCUAUGAGAUGGUGAUCGCCGGGCGCCUGGUCAUCGGCUUGUUCUGCGGCCUCUUCACCGGCCUGACCCCCAUGUAUGUGGGCGAGGUGUCACCCACGCCCCUCCGGGGGGCCUUCGGCACCCUCCACCAGCUCGGUGUGGUGGUGGGCAUCCUGAUCGCUCAGAUCUUUGGUCUGGAGGGUCUGCUGGGUUCGGCCAAGCUGUGGCCCCUCCUGCUGGCCCUCACCGUGGCCCCGGCUGUGCUGCAGUGCAUCCUGCUGCCCUUCUGUCCGGAGAGCCCCCGCUUCCUGCUCAUCAACCUGAAACAGGAGGAGCAGGCCCGCAAAGUGCUGGUGCGCCUGCGCGGCAGCGAGGACGUCGGUAAGGACAUGCAGGAGAUGAAGGAGGAGAGCGCCAAGAUGGCCAUGGAGAAGAAGGUGACCAUCGCCGAGCUCUUCCGCUCGCCGCUGUACCGCCAGCCUCUGCUCAUCGCCGUGAUGCUGCAGCUCUCCCAGCAGCUGUCAGGGAUCAACGCUGUCUUCUACUACUCCACCGGCAUCUUUGAGUCGGCCGGAGUGAAACAGCCCAUCUACGCCACCAUCGGAGCCGGCAUCGUCAACACCGUCUUCACCGUGGUUUCCCUUUUCCUGGUGGAGAAGGCGGGGCGAAGGACUCUGCACCUGGUGGGAUUGGGCGGGAUGGCGGUCAGCGCGGUGCUCAUGACCAUCGCCCUCCUGCUGAAGGACAUCCCCGUCAUGAGCUACAUGGCCAUCGUGGCCGUCAUGCUGUUUGUGGCCAUGUUUGAGAUGGGCCCCGGUCCCAUCCCGUGGUUCAUUGUGGCCGAGCUCUUCUCUCAGGGGCCCCGCCCCGCCGCCAUGGCCGUGGCCGGCUGCUGCAACUGGACGGCCAACUUCCUGGUUGGGAUGAGCUUCCCCAAAUUAGUGGAGUGGUGCGGGCCUUGGGUCUUCCUCAUCUUUGCGACCUCCCUCGUCCUCUUCUUCAUCUUCACCUACAUCAAAGUCCCAGAGACGAGGGGCAAGACCUUCGACGAGAUCGCCCAAAGCUUCGGCGGCAACCCGCCUCCCACCUGCUCGUCCGUCGAGGACCCCCCCGCCAGCGCCAGCGCCGCUACGACGCUGCCGGCCUCCCCGGUGAAGGAGAAGGUGCCGCUGGUGGAGGCCGCGGCGCCGGCCCCCGCCUCCGAAAGCACGCCUCUUCAGGAUAAAGCUGGAUCGGCGACGCCGGAGAGCGUAGCGCAGCUGUAGGACGGGUUUUAACGGGUGGAGGCGGGGUUUUAAAAGAAGGAAGAAUCACCGAGAUUUUAAUACAAACGGUAUCAUUUUAUAAUAGAACUAAGGGGAACGACAGCAUUCUCAGCUUUGACCUCCAAAAGGUCACGCUUUCUGCUUUGGCGGCAGGCGUCUCGUGGCUCUUCCUUCUUUUCGAUGGUCCCUCACGUGCAACGCCACAGAUUUGACCUCCUAACCCUCAUUCAAAAGGCCGAGGCCUUCUUCCAGGCAGCCGUGUCUAUUCAGGGCGACACUUACAGACCUAGAAAAACGUCACGGGGCGACCGGUGCCAGCGGGUGGGGU